GCUGAACCCUUCCCGCCCAAUAUCAUCCCUGAUCCGGCCAUGUUCGUUUCCUGCUUCAAUCUCUAUCCAGCGUUGAUCCAAUCCCGUCCUUUCCCCCCACAUUUGCGCUUGGUUGAUGCUGCUUGGCGUCUCUCUCGGCAUUGUUGCUCCUUGGCUCCCAUGCAGUAAUUCUUCGCCUGUUAUACAGACACAGCCUCACCUCUGCUUCUAGGCGCUGUGCUUUUUUGCCCCCUACAGGCUGAACCACGUUCCUUCGUCCUUCUUAUCUGUUCAAUUCGCGCCCUGAUUAUCUCUACCAAGUUCCCUACGACUACGACUUUAUCCUCAUACUUUAUCACGAUAACUCACCGUUCCUAUCCCUCAAUCGAUGGCCAUUUUUACCUCGCCCAGAUCUUUUCAUAAUGGUCAUACCCUGGUAUCCCGGCAGUUAUUGACCCAGUCCCAGCUGGGGGUCAACACUGUCGGUGCCAAUGCUCACAAUCACCCGUCCUUUUUUCAUCUGGUGCUACUCGUCUUUGAGGCCGUGUUGGAAGUCAUCUGUGUCAGUUUGCCUGGGUACAUUGCGGCGCGUCAGGGCAUGUUCGAUGCCGAUGCGCAGAAAUUGGUAGCAAAUCUUAAUAUUAUGGUCUUUACGCCCUGUCUAAUCUUUACGAAACUUGGAUCUCAACUCACAGCAGAGAAACUGACCGAUCUUGCUAUCAUUCCUGUCAUCUUCAUCAUCCAAACCUUUGUCUCGUACAUUUGCUCCGUUGGCGUCUCAAAAUGCUUCCGAUUCAAGAAGCGCCCGGCCAACUUUGUCACGGCCAUGGGGGUGUUUGGCAACUCCAAUUCCCUUCCUAUCUCCCUCGUCAUGUCACUGUCGCAAACUCUUAAAGGCCUCCACUGGGCCCGUGUACCUAAUGACAACGACGAUGAAGUUGCGGCGCGUGGAAUUCUAUACUUGUUGAUCUUUCAGCAACUAGGCCAGCUUGUACGCUGGAGCUGGGGCUACCACGUUCUGCUUGCUCCUCGGGAGCGAUACAUCGAGGAGGCAGAGGGAGAGACCGGGGUCUCGAGGAUCGAACAAGGCCAGGCCCGAUACAGCGACAACCCGGAUCAAACAGACCCUGAUGAACCAUUGGUGAGAACCAGAAGUGAAGAGGAUCUGUGCAACGAACUUCCUGGCGAUGACAGCGAGUUUACAUCUGGUGAACAAACUCCAGUGAUGCCCCGCAGUCUCUCCUACUCCAAGCUGCCCGCAAGUGAAGACGACGAGGAGAACCCAGACCAUCUCCCUUCGGUGAUCGCUGAUCCGCCCCGUGGUCCGUUCCUCCCUCGCCAGAGCUCCAGAGGAGACAUCUUGUGUUUCCCCAACGUUGAGGUCAGAGCCGAAGAAUUCCACAGGAAACGUGGACCUCUUCAACGAUUCAAUAUCGGUGUACAUCGAUUUGGAAAACGUCUCGCACGCUCGUGGAAGAGGCGAACAGAAUCUACGUUCAAGAAGCUGCCGAACUGGUUACAAAAAACAAUAUCAGCCAUAUCGAGGGGGACAGGGAAAUUCGUGCACGGUGUGUGGGAUUUUAUGAACCCUCCCCUAUGGGCGAUGCUUGUCUCCAUCAUGGUCGCCUCGAUCCCUUCUUUGCAGCACCUGUUCUUCGACGAAGGCACCUUCUUGUCCAACUCGGUUACCCGCGCAGUGAACCAGAACGGCCAGGUUGCCGUACCUUUGAUUCUGGUCGUGCUUGGAGCCAACCUGGCACGAAACACAAUUCCCGAAGACGCUGCAGAGCACAUGGAACAUCCCAAGGAAGAGCGAAACCUGAUCGUCGCGUCACUGGUUGCGCGCAUGCUCCUUCCCACGAUCAUCAUGGCUCCGGUCCUUGCACUUUUGGCCAAAUACGUCCCUAUCAGCAUUCUGGACGAUCCAAUCUUCAUCAUCGUCUGCUUCCUCCUCACCGGAGCUCCCUCCGCUCUGCAGCUGGCUCAAAUCUGCCAGAUCAACAAUGUCUACAUUGGCGCUAUGUCGAAAGUCUUAUUCCAGAGCUACGUCGUUUGGAUCCUCCCCUCCACCCUCAUCCUUGUCAUGGGUGCACUAGAAGUCCUCGAAUGGGCUGCCUAAAAUGAUUGAUGACUACCUAUAAUUGUUUUUAUUUGAUCUCGCUCUCAGCUCGGUUGUGGCUUCCGUUUUUUCUUUUUUUUCUUUUUUUUUUUUCGGU